AGGUCGGGGCUGGGAUUGUAAAAUGAAUUUGUUUUUACACCUGGUCUUUGAGCAAGCUGGCACAAGCUCCUGAGAGGUAGUGAAGGAACCAGGAGCUGGCAAGACAGACAUAGAGGGGUGGACAGGGACUCCAGUCCUAGUCUCCCUAGGUGACAGUCAUGUGGCCCGCCUGCACCUGGGCACUAGUCAACAGGAAUCUGAAAGGAUAAGGUUCCGGACUUGAGGAGGAAGAGAAGCUCACAUUUGCACGAGGGGAAGGUUGGACUUUUGUCUUUUGCUUGGCUUCCAAGGCUGAGACUUUAUUAUAGGAAGAUUUCCUAUGUAGUUUUAGAAAGUAAACUGAAGCAAGGGGCUAGCCUCUUAUGUGUCUGAGGGGCACAGAGACCCCGUAGCAGAUAAAGCUACUUAAUAAAGAGAAUGGAAGACUUGGGAGGGCAUCAAACAGUAGGGCUUCCCAUGCCUCAUCCUGUAGUCCUUUAAGGGUGCCCACCCAGACCCUUGGCUUGCCUGGCUGUGUGACAGGGGCAUACGCUGUGACUAAAUGUGACUAUAUGCCAGCAAAGGUAGUGGUUUGACAGGCUCUGGAUGUAGAGCUGACUCAGAAGACUGCAGAGACCAACUCUGUUCUCAUGCCUUGGGGGUAGCAGGAGCUGAGCCCAGAGAGCUCAAGUGGAAUUCUAAGAAAGCCACUGGGGGCUCAGCUCAGCCCUCCGUAGGAGAAAGAUGGUGUGUUCGCCCAUGCUUGGGAAGCAGCAAGGCUGUGCCGAGGCUUGCCAGGAGCUCCCAAGGCCACCUCUGCCCAAGACAGGAUUCAGAGCCAGUGUCUGGGCUCAGGGACGAGGAGGGAAGUGGAAAAAGAGACUCAAGACUUCUAGCGUUCUAUCCUUGAGCCUCACUUUCAAGUGUGGAGCUGAGGUAGAGCCGACUCACAUGCCCUUAGCCUGUGAGAACGAUGAUGACCACCACGCUGGCACGUGCUGAGCUCUUCUGUGCGCUGAGGUCUGUGCUGAGCGUGUGUGCAUGGUCUUCUUAGUUUUCCUAGCAGAAGAUGUGGCAGUGUGAAAAGAGACCAAGCACCCGUGACUCUCAUGUUGUAUGACCUGGGACAGGGUCAUGUGUCUCUGGGUUGACAUUUCUACCAAUGGAGUCAUGGUAUUGGAGAGCCAUUAAGAUUCAUUCAUUUUACUUAAAAAUUCUUUUACAUUGUGUGUGUGUGUGUGUGUGUGUGUGUGUGUGUGUGUGUGUGUGUAAGAAUGCAGGCAUUUGCAUGUCCACAGCAUAGCUAUAGAGGUCAGAGGACUACUUUCAGGAGCCGAUUCUCUCCUCCAACCAUGGGGAUCCCAGGGACAGAACUCAGGUCAUCAGGCUCAGCAGCAGGCACCUUUAUCUACUGAUAUACCUUGCCCACCCUGUUGACGCAUUCUCAGUUGGUUCUAGGAAUAUAGCUCAGUGGGUAGAGUGUUUACCUAGCAUGCACAAGGUCUUGGGUUCUAUCCCCAGCACCGUAUAAACUGAUAGAGCAUCAGGGAGGUAGAAACAGGAAUACCAGAAGUCCAUGACCAUUCAUGGCUACAUAGUGGGCUCAAGUCCAGACUGCAUUACGUGAGACCCUCUAACAAAAAUAAAUAAAGGUUUUUUUGGUCAAUAUAGCCCCAAGAUGUCAUCAGACAGACAAGACAAGCAGAGGAAUCUGUUGGCUGAGUGUCCCAUGUUUCCGGAGGAAGCAGGUGUGAGGCUUCUCAGUAGGCUCUGCCUGGAGACCUUGCCAGAGUUCUCACAGGAGAACGCUGCAUCUCCAAUGCUGGCUCAUCCAAUAGAUGGAAUAAAGCAAUGAGCCUGUUCUCCCUCUGCCUCAGUUUCUUCAUCUGUGAUAUGAGGAAGGCUGAAGAACUAGAAUAGAUCAAAUUGUCUAGGAUCCCUGGGAUUUCAUGAUUCUCAGCAUCUAGUCCUCAGAGACCCAGGGAGUCAUAUGCAAGAUACCUGUAUUCUCCAGCCACUACCCAGCAGCUGGACCCACCUCCUCGCUCUUGGACACCUGUCCUUGGGAGUGAAUCUGCUGUGCCCCCCUCCCUUCAUCUUCUGCCUUGGUGAUUUAACUCCCCUCAGCCCAGCAGGAGAAAGGAAACUUCCAUGAUAGGCUGAGAUGUAGCCGCUACCACUGGCCAGACAGGGCUCUGUGGAAGAGACCAUCAGCAGGUGCUGAGCCCCAGAGGAGAAUCACGUGUGCUGGGGAUGUGGGUGAUGGGGACCUCCUGGUACCCCUUAGGUGGGCAUGCCCUCUGGAAGCUUCGUGGUUCUUGGGUCACCAAUACCCGCCAAGCUGGGGACAGGCCUUGGAGUUCUACUGCUCCAUUCACGGCACUAAUAAUUCCAUUUACAGUGGCAGUUUGGAGGUAGCUUUAAUGAGAUGGGUGUGAAUCUAAACCCCAAGUGUUGUUAGUUGUGUGACUGGGGCUCCAAACUUUCUGGAAAAAAACAAAAAACAAAACAAACAAACAAACAAAAAACCCACAAAAACCCUCAGUCUCUAUUUGAAAAGUAUUGGCAGUCAAUUUCCUUCCUGUGUGCACCUGGGUGUUUGUGGGGUGUGGAUGCGCAGGGGUGCACAUCCAUGAGCAGGCCAGAGAACAUCUUUGGAUGUUGUCCAUCUUGAUUUUUGAGUCAGGGUUUCCCACUAGCCUGACACUCAUGUCAAUUAAGCUAGGCUGCCUGGCCAGUGAACCCCAGUGCUCUGCCGGUCUCCGCCCACUCAGUGCUGGGAUUACAAGUGUACACUAAGCCCCCCUUUUUUGUUUGUUUUUAAUAUGGGUUCUGAGGAUAGAAGUCAUGUCCUCAUAUUUGCAAGGCAAGCACUUUACAGGCUGAGCCAUGCGGCCAGUCCAACAUCCUUCUUUGCUCGGAGAGUUUGAUGUGGGAUUCAACAAAGUCACAGCAUGGGGACCACUGAUGGCUCUUCUGUCCUCCACUUGGGUGCUGUCAUCUCAGGGUACCUUGAAUCGUUCCCAUCCUACAACUGAUCACAGCCAGGGCUGCAUUGCUUGAGGCUAUCGUUAUCUCUCUUGCUUGAAUGAAUGUCAGUCACGGGACUGUGUUGCUCUCUGUAGAGCCUGGUGGGUUCUGUAGGGGAUGUGUGUGAGCCAUUAACUCAGGCGAGCGGAGACUGAGGCCUCUGUUCUGGUUGCCGGUGAGAGGGGCUAUGAGUUCACGAAGCACAGUCAACUUCAGGACAGACUCAGCAUAGGAGGCUGAGAAUGACACCAAGGUCACACAGCGAGUGGGAAGGCCUGACCUGGACCCACAUCUCUUGCUUUCUUCUGCCUCACACUGCCUCAGCCAGUCAGGGGGUGUUUCUAGGCAACCCAUCCCUAGGGAAGGGUAAAUUGAUCUCAAGUCCACUAGGGUGUGCUGGAUGGGCAGUGAAGCUGGUCACUAGGUUAUAAGCUGCAGUCCAAGGGACAGAAACUUAUCAGUUGGACACUUUUACACACACAUGUGCAUAUGUACAAACACACAGCACAUACAUAUACACAUAGAGAUAUAGACAGACAGACAGAUGGACACACACACACACACCACAUCCCAGACACCUCUACAGUUCUUCCCUGUUCUAUAGCUCUUUCCAUUCAACCAGCAGAUAAAUGUCUAAUCUGAAAGGUCCUCAAGGGUUCCAUAGUUGCCUGUUGAAGAACUAUUGGUCCUGUUUUAUAGAUUUUCAACAUUUACCUAAACUUGGGGUCAUUUUUUUAAAUCUAACAGCAAGCUAUUUGCAGUCAUGGCAUGUGAAUGAGGAGAGGAUGCAGGCUAGCUAAGUCCUAAGCAGUGCAUGUCUCCAGGCUAAACCGUCAUACACAUCAUAGUCACCCUUACUGUCUUCUCCUGGAUCUUUCUGUCACCUUUAUUUUCAUUGUGGGGGACAGACUCAGAAAGGUCAACUCCAUCAUACAGCUUCUGUUGUCUAAGAGUCACUUCAUAAAGUUGGGGAGGCCAGCUGGGACCCUGACUACAAAUAAAGAAAAUAGCUGAUAGAGACAGGUCACACACAGAUGGUUUAACACCUCAAGGUGGGCAAUAAAACAUAGGAAAACUCAGGCUGGGACAGAGACCAGAUAGACCAUUGUACGUACAGUGUACACCAUAGCUCCAGAUUGCACAUAGUUGACAAGGCAAGGCAGAGGAGAGCACAUCCCACAGAGACCAAGCAGCACAUGCAGGGCCACAGCAGGCAGCCUUCAAGUAUAGGCGCCUUCGCGCUUGUGGGGAGGACGGGGCAGCUGUUCUGGGAAAGUACAGUGAGCUGGACUAUGAAGGGAGUGCAGAUCAGUUCGUUUGCUUGCUUUCAUGUGCUGAGACAGUGUCUCUCACUAUCUCAGGCCAUCUUGGAACUCACUAUGUAGCCUAGACUGGCCUCAAACUUGCAGCAAUCCCCUGUCUCAGUCUUCCAAGUGCUGGGAUUAUAAAAAUGAGCCCUGAAAUUAGUUUUGUUUGUUUGUUUGUUUGUUUGUUUGUUUGUUUUUGAAACAGGGUUUCUCUAUGUAGCCCUGGCUGUCCUGGACUUGCCUUGUAGACCAGGCUGGCCUUGAAUUCACAGAGAUCCACCUGCCUCUGCCUCCAGAGUGCUGGGAUUAAAGGCGUGUACCCAACACACUUGGCUAAUUUUUUUUUCUUAUUAAGACACUUUUAAAAAUUGCUUUUGAGUCAGAGUCUCUCACCAUGUAGCCCAGGCUGGCCUCCAACUCCUGACCCUCCCACUUCGGCUUCCCAACUGCUGGCAUGACAGGUAUGGGCCACCAUGCCUGGAACAUAGCCAUUUUUACAUAUAGACAGUGGAGGAUCAUUCAUAUAUACAAAUGUACACAGUGUUAAGGGUCCUCGUCCUUUGCCUUUAAUAACCACACCUCCUCCAAGCCUCUCCCAAGCUUCUGGCCCAGGUAUUUUUUGAAGCAAGUCCACCUGGAUCUCUCUGCAGAUCUUAGCAUUGCAUAUUUAUUUAUGUAUUUAUUUAUCGUGUGUGUGUGUGUGUGUGUGUGUGUGUGUGGUCGAGGGAGUGCCGUGAUGCACAUGGUAAUAAAAGGAACUUUCGGGAGUCAGUUGUCUCUCUCUAGGGAUUGAAUCUCUGUUGUCAGGCUUGGUGGCAAGUGCCUUUACCCACUGAGCCAUCUUUCUGGGUCCCAUGCCCACAGGUCUAAAAGCAGGGCUAUGUGUGACUUGCCCUCUACAAGCACUGAGAGGCAAUGAAGAAGCUCAGGUCCCAGUGUCUCACUAGGCACAUCUGUCUGAGAAUGAAGAUGAAAACUAAAGGUUAAGAUAUCUUGUCCUGCAUAGGCUAGUCCAGGUUCUUAUAUGCCGCCAUUACUCACAGACUAACUCAAAACCUGUCUCUAAACCUAUUGCCAUCUGUAGUACAGAAGAACUCAGUUUGAGCAUUUUGUAGCUUGAAGCUUGCAGAAGGCAGCAACUCCUUGCCUCGCUCAGCAUCGUUCCUAGUCCUGAGGUCACAGUGGCCAGUUCAAGGCCACCAGUGUAGCCAGAGUGCAGCAUCACUCUUCCCAGGCAGGUCGGGUAGAAGCUGCUGCAGCAAGCAGACCCAUCAGCUUCCCUGGGCUCCUAUGCCCACGGCCAGGCUGAGCAGGAUGGCACACGCCGGUGUGGGAUAACGUCAGCCUGUGAGAGUGUGUUGGCUUGCGUGAAUUCACGUGCCUGGAAUCAGAGCGCCUGUCUAUCCCAUCCUCCCUGGGUCCUCCCAAAACAUUUGGGACCCAAGGGUCCUGAACUGUAUUGCUCUGGGCCCUUGGGGGAUCAGUCAGGGAAGCAGAGGGGGUGGUGCCGGGACGGUCUCCAUGUGUGUGAGUUCUGCAGCCACUCCUGGCCUGAUUGUCACUGUCCAUCUCUACGGUCCAACUUUCGCCUCAACGGAGAGGCACACACUGCCACCACACUCACACGUUACAGCUAACAGAGCUACCGGCUCAUGGUAAUUGAAUACCGUGUGUCAGCAGCUCUUAGUGAAGAGGAGCUCCUGAAGUCUUGGGAACUGAUUCAACUCCCAGGAUCUCAGACCCUUGGAUUCAGACCAGAAACCAGGCCCUGCUGGACCCUCCUAUCAAGCCUUGGCACAGAGCCUGGACAGUGUCUACUAUAACUUUUAAAGUUCUCUUCGUAAACUUUCAAAAGGAGAGCACAUGAAGCCCUUGCUGUAGCUGCUGAGGUUUUGUAAAGCAAAAGAAACCAGGACCCAACCAGAGCCCAAAGCAAAUGUCCCGGGCCCCAGGAGCCCUCCUAAGGUCCCUUGUCAUGCUAGCUCCCUCUUUGUAGUGCAUGACCCAUAUCCAGCUGGCCACCUCAGGAUGGCAACACCUCCCUUCUCUGGCUAUGCACUCCAGUCAGAGCACUAAUGAUGCGGGAGGCCCAUUAUUGACGUUGCUAAACUAAACCUGACCUUUAAGCUGUUUUGCUGUGACCGUCCUGUUCUGUGGCCCUAGAUCAGAGAUGAACUUUUCAGAUGUUUAGAAAAGCAGCCAAUUCCAUGUGUAAAGGAGUAAAAUGUGGCAGGGGCUGAGAAAGUAGAUUUUUCAUGGGCUUGGAGGCUCCGGGCAGGGCACUAUAGAGCAUUGGUUUCCAUAGUCCUGCCUUGCCGGGCACAGUUCCCAUACAGCUUGGUUUUGAGCACUACCCCGUUUCUGGUUCCUGGUUCCUGGGGGUAGGAAGAGACCCCACUUGAUCCAGAGCCAGUUAGACGGCUGCCAUCAUUUACAUGGCUCCUUCCCUAUCAAAGUCACCUCUGAACACUUACUAGGGCUUAAAAACCUUUCUAAUGAAAUAUGAUAUUCAUACAGAAAAGAGCAUGAGUCAUAACAUUCAAUUUAGUGAAAACUAACCAACUCCAAGAUAAACAUUAACAUACCUUCCAUCCAGACACCCCGCUUUGUGUGCCUUUCACCAACUGCUCCCACACCUUUGAAGGUAAUUUUACCCUAAUCUAACUCAUAUCUUCUAUUUGCCUAUUUUAACCUUUAUAUACUAGUUGUAGCACAAUGUACACAUGUACACAUACACGCACACGCACACGCAUGCACACACACACACACACACACACACACACACACACACACACACAGCUCCACAUCAUAAACAAGACCCAUCUGCAUGGUUCCAAGAACAAUGAUUCUUCUUCUUUGCUGCAUAGUAUUCUAAUACACAACCAUACCCCAGUAGACUUAAGCAUUUGGCCCUGGUUCUUUGGGCUGUUUGAUAGAGAUAAUGAUGAUGAAGAAUCUCAGGUGAAGGUUUGUUUCUGUUUCUAUUGGUCCAUGAGCUGUGUGUUCAUGCACAGAGGCUAUCAUUUUCAGGUUCAGUUCUAUUUAUUGCAAGAGGACCAUGUUUCAUGGGCUGGGACUCUCUGGAGGUGGACAGACUCUGUCUCAGGAAGGUAAACAAUUGCCCCUGGGGCCCUAAAACAGAUGGAUGCAACAGGUACAGGUUCUGAAUCCAGGUGAACUUCAGAUAUGUGAGGUUGGUUGCUUUCCCUCCUGGCCACUCUUCUGGGUGAUCCAUUUGGCAGUCUACCAAGGUCCUAUGCUCCCACAAGAGCAUCCAGAAGAUACCCAAUCAUGCUUCUCAAAGGCUGUGGUCUCCAACACACCAAAUCCCUUAUCUGACCUCGAAGAUCAAAGCCUUUCUAUAAAAUCUCUUCCUCACAUUGUCCAACUGCACCAACGCCCUAAGGGGGAUCUGGUCUCUCAAAUGAGAUACAGCCCCAAUGGAAGACCCUAAGGGAAGAGCCAUGUGUCUUGUUCAGUAGAUCCUCAACUCCAGACACACCAAAAUCAUCCAGGAAACUUGUUAGACUCCUAUUCCUGAGCCCCACCCCUGAGGAUCUUGAGUCAAUAGAUCUGGGGUGGGGCUGGGAUAUUUAUGUUUUAACCCCUGGUUACCACAGCAGCCUGCUUUGCAGAGCACAGGCUGCUCCACAGAUCCAUUGACUCCUAUGUCUGCAGAUGAGCAGAAGGGAUAUACAUUUAGAGUAGACAAGGGAACUUAGGAUGUACAGAGUCCUGAAAUGGAGGGGUGUGGUUGGGGUCCAGCACCUUUGAGUCAACAGAGGAUGCUCCAAAGACAACCCUCACUCACCAGGAGCCGCUGGCCCAGUAUGCACUCUUUCCUCAUUGCUAGAAGACUGUUCUCUACCUGCUGUGACCUGCCAGCCUGCCUGGUUCUGUCCUAAGCUGCCCUGCUCAGGGGAGGGAGAGGACAGAUGGACAGAAGGCUGGGUAGGGCCAGGCUGGAGAGAAGGGAACUCAAGGAAGGAUUGGACAUGGAGCCUUGGCUGAGAAUCUGCUGGAAGACCCUGUGGCCACCUCAUCCCUACAGUGCAUCUUAACGGGUCGGCUUGGCGCCUAUGCCGGCUGAGCCUGCUCUUGUUGGGACCUGCCCAUUGCUGGUGCUGACCCAGGGGAACAGGAAGCGCCCUACACAGCGGGGCAAGCAGAGCAGCUAGGGCGGGCUGCAAGCGCCUGGCUCCCUGGAGCUGAGGAUCCUUGACUGGGGAGCUUUCACCAUGACGCUUGUCCUGCUGGGUGUAGCCAUGGUAUUGCUCCACCGUGCAGCCUGUGAGAAGCCCCUAGAAGAAACCAUCACCCCCCUGACUUGGCGCUUCACUCACUCCCUAUACAAUGCCACCAUUUAUGAAAACUCUGCUCCCAAGACCUAUGUGGAGAGCCCAGUGAAGAUGGGCAUGUAUCUGGCAGAGCCCCACUGGGUGGUGAAGUACCGGAUCAUCUCCGGAGAUGCGGCUGGAGUAUUUAAGACUGAGGAGCACGUGGUGGGCAACUUCUGCUUUCUGAGAAUAAGGACCAAGAGCAGCAACACGGCGCUUCUCAACAGGGAGGUGCGAGACAGCUACACGCUCGUCGUGCAAGCCUCAGACAAGAGUCUGGAGUUUGAAGCGCUGACCCAAGUGGUGGUCCACAUCCUGGACCAGAAUGACCUGAAGCCACUCUUUUCCCCACCUUCCUACAGAUUCACCAUCUCCGAGGACAGGCCCCUUAAGAGCCCCAUCUGCAAAGUCACUGCCACAGAUGCCGAUCUGGGCCAGAAUGCCGAGUUCUAUUACGCCUUUAAUGCCAGGUCAGAGGUGUUUGCCAUCCAUCCCACCAGUGGGGUGGUCACUGUGGCCGGGAAACUGAAUGUCACAUGGCGAGGGAAGUAUGAGCUCCAGGUGCUGGCUGUGGAUCGCAUGAGAAAAAUCUCAGAGGGCAAUGGGUUUGGCAACUUGGCUCCGUUGGUAAUUUAUGUGGAGCCUGUACACAGGAAACCCCCAGUUAUCACCUUAGUGGUCCUGAAUCCACCAGAGGGUGAUGAAGGUGACAUUUAUGCCACUGUCACAGUGGAUACAAAUGGUUCAGGAGCUGAAGUAGAUUCUCUGGAGGUGGUUGGUGGUGACCCUGGAAAGUACUUCAAAGUCCUCAAGUCCUAUGCCCAAGGCAAUGAGUUCAAUUUGGUGGCAGUCAGGGACAUUAACUGGGCGGAACACCUUCAUGGCUUCAACAUCAGCCUCCAGACCCACAGUAGGAGCAGAUUUCCAUCCCGCUCCAUCAUCAGGGCUUUCCAUCUCCCACCAUACACGCUGGCCAACCUCAGAUUCGAGAAAGCCGUUUACAGAGUAAAGCUCAGCGAAUUUUCUCCUCCUGGAAGCCGCGUAGCAUUGGUGAGGGUCACCACAGCUCUCCCCACUUUGCGUUAUGCUCUAAAGCCAUCCUCAGGCAGCACAGUGUUCAAGUUGAAUGCUCGCACAGGCCUGAUCACCACCACGAAGCCUGUGGACUUCCAUGAGCAAAACCAGUACCAGCUCCAUGUUAAAACUUCCCUGGGUCAGGCUACCACCACCGUGAUCAUUGAUAUUGUGGACUGUAACAACCACGCCCCAGUCUUUAACAGAUCGUCCUACGAAGGUACCUUGGAUGAGAACAUCCCUCCUGGUACCAGUGUUUUGACUGUGACAGCCACAGACCAGGACCACGGGGACAAUGGACACAUCACCUAUUCCAUUGCUGGCCCCAAAGCUGUGCCAUUCUCUAUUGACCCUUACCUGGGGGUCAUCUCCACCACCAAAUCCAUGGACUACGAACUCAUGAAGAGAAUUUAUACCUUUCGGGUCCGAGCGUCAGACUGGGGGUCCCCUUUUCGCCAGGAGAAGGAGGUGUCCGUCUCUCUGAGGCUCAAGAAUUUGAAUGACAACCAGCCUAUGUUUGAGGAAGUCAACUGCACUGUGUCUCUCCGUCAAGACGCGCCGGUCGGGAAAUCGAUAAUGGCUGUGUCUGCAAUAGACAUGGAUGAACUUCAGAACCUAAAAUAUGAAAUCGUGUCUGGCAACGAACAAGACUAUUUCCAUCUCAACCAUUUCUCAGGAGUGAUAUCUCUCAAACGCUCUUUCAUGAAUCUCACUGCUGUUCGGCCCACUGUCUAUUCUCUGAAGAUUACAGCCUCUGAUGGCAAGAACUACGCCUCCCCGACAACUCUGAAAGUCACUGUGGUGAAGGACCCUCGCUCCGAGGUCCCGGUACAGUGUGAUAAAACGGGAGUGCUGACCCAUAUCACAAAGACCAUCCUCCAGUCUGCUGGGCUUCAGGGCCAAGAGAUGGGUGAAGAAGACUUCACCUCCCUUGGCAACUAUCAGAUCAACCAUCAUGCUCCUCAGUUUGAGGACCACUUCCCCCAGUCCAUUGACAUUCUGGAGCAGGUUCCCGUCAACACCCCCUUGGCCCACCUGGCAGCCACUGAUCCAGAUCCUGGCUUUCAUGGCAGACUAGUCUAUGUGAUUGCAGAUGGCAAUGAGGAAGGUUGUUUUGACAUUGAGCUGGAGACUGGGCUGCUCACGGUGGCAGCAGCCUUGGACUAUGAGACCACCAGCUUCUAUGUCCUCAAUGUGACCGUGUAUGACCUGGGCACUCCUCCGAAGUCCUCCUGGAAGUUGUUGACAGUGACUGUGAAAGACUGGAAUGAUAAACCACCCAGGUUUCCUCCAGGUGGAUACCAGCUCACCAUUUCUGAGGACACAGAAGUUGGAACCACUGUCGCAGAGCUGAAGACAAGGGACACCGACUCAGAGGACAACGGGAGGGUUCGCUACACCCUACUGACCCCUACAGAGAAGUUCUCUCUCCAUCCACUCACUGGGGAGUUGGUUGUAACAGGACAGCUUGACAGGGAAUCAGAGCCUCAGUACAUACUCAAGGCAGAGGCCAGGGACCAGCCCACGAAGGGCCACCAGCUCUUCUCUGUCACCGACGUGAUAGUCACAUUGGAGGAUAUCAAUGACAACCCUCCCCAGUGUAUCACAGAGCACAGUAGCCUGAAGGUGCCAGAGGACAUGCCCCUUGGGACAGUCUUGACAUUCCUAGAUGCUUCUGAUCCUGACUUGGGCCCUGCAGGUGAAGUGAAAUAUAUCUUGGUGGAUGAUGUCCAUGGAACCUUCCGGGUGGACCCGAUGACUGGCGCUCUGAGUCUGGAAAAAGAGUUGGACUUUGAGAGGCGGGCUGGUUACAAUCUGAGCUUUUGGGCCAGUGACAGUGGGAGGCCUCUAGCCCGCCGGACCCUCUGCCACGUAGAAGUGUUAGUCAUGGAUGUAAAUGAGAAUCUCCACUCUCCCCACUUUUCAUCCUUUGUAUACCAGGGCCAGGUGCAGGAGAACAGCCCUGCAGGGACCCAGGUGAUGGUAGUCACAGCUCAGGAUGAUGACAGUGGCUUGGAUGGAGAGCUCCAGUACUUCCUACGGGCUGGCACUGGCCUGGAAGCCUUCAGCAUCAACCAAGACACAGGAAUGCUCGAGACUCUGGCACCUCUGGACCGAGAAUUCACACCCUACUACUGGUUGACGGUGUUAGCUGUGGACAGAGGCUCCGUUCCCCUCUCUGCUGUCACUGAAGUCUACAUUGAGGUUACAGACAUCAAUGACAACAUUCCCUCCAUGUCUAGACCUGUGUUCUACCCCUCUGUCAAGGAAGAUGCCCCCUUGGGUACCUCUGUGCUUCAACUGGAGGCCUGGGACCCAGACUUCAGCUCUCAAGGGAAGCUGACCUUCAACCUCACCAGUGGGAACCACAUGGGACAUUUCAUCGUUCAUCCAUUCACAGGUCUCCUGUCCACUGCCAAGCAGCUGGACCGAGAGAACAAAGAUGAGUAUGUCUUAGAGGUGACUGUGCAGGACAAUGGGGACCCCCCACUAAGGUCCACCUCCAGGGUGGUGGUGUGUGUCUUGGAUGUCAAUGACAACUCACCCAUGUUCUCCCACAAGCUCUUUAAUGUUCGCCUUUCGGAAAGACUGAGCCCACUCUCCCCAGAGCCUGUGUACAGGCUGGUGGCUUCAGAUCCUGAUGAAGGUCUCAACGGCAGCAUCACCUACAGCAUUGAGGAGAGUGAUGAGGAGAGCUUCAGAAUCGACCCUGUCACGGGAGUUGUAUCUUCUAGCAGCACCUUCGCAGCCGGAGAGUACAACAUCCUAACGAUCAAGGCAACAGACAGUGGGCAGCCAGCACUCUCUACCAGUGUCCGGCUACACAUCGAGUGGAUUCCCCAGCCUCGGCCAUCCUCCAUCCCACUGUCCUUUGAUGAGUCCCACUACAGCUUUGCAGUCAUGGAGACAGACCCUGUGAACCACAUGCUGGGAGUCAUCAGUGUAGAGGGACGACCUGGCCUCUUCUGGUUCCACAUCUCAGAUGGGGAUAAGGACAUGGACUUUGACAUUGAGAAGACCACGGGAAGCAUUGUGAUAGCCAGACCUCUUGAUACAAGGAGAAAGUCUAGCUAUAACUUGACUGUGGAGGUGACAGAUGGGUUCCACACCAUUGCCACUCAGGUCCACAUCCUUAUGAUUGCCAACAUCAACCACCACCGGCCUCAGUUCCUGCAGGAUCAUUAUGACAUCAGGGUCCCCCAGGACACACUGCCUGGGGUUGAACUCCUCCGAGUCCAAGCCACAGAUCAAGACCACGGCAAGGGCCUCAUCUAUACCAUCCACAGCAGUCGGGACCCUGGAAGUGCCAACCUCUUCCAGCUGGAUCCAAGCAGUGGAGUGUUGGUGACAGUGGGGACAUUGGACCUGCACUCCGGGCCCUCUCAGCACAUUCUGACAGUUAUGGUGCGAGACCAAGAGAUGCCCAUCAAGAGGAACUUCGUGUGGGUGACCAUUCAUGUGGAGGAUGGAAAUCUCCACUCACCUCACUUCACUCAACCUCGUUAUGAGGCAAAUGUUCCUGACACCACCACCCCUGGCACAGAGCUUCUGCAGGUCCGAGCUGUGGAUGCUGACCGGGGAGCCAACGCUGAAGUCCACUAUUCCUUCCUAAAAGGGAACAGUGAAGGUUUUUUCAACAUUGACUCCCUCCUGGGCAUCAUCACAGUAGCCCAGAGACUUGAUCAUGUCCAUCUCAAUAGGCAUGCAUUAACCGUGAAGGCGGAAGACCAAGGCUCCCCACAGCGGCAUGACCUGGCUAUGGUGGUCGUUCAUGUCCACCCCUCCGACAGCAGUGCUCCCAUUUUUUCAAAAGAUGAGUAUUUCAUAGAGAUUCCAGAAUCAGUCCCCAUUGGCUCCCCAAUCCUCCUCAUCUCUGCUGCCAGCUCCUCUGAUGUCACCUAUGAGUUAAGAGAGGGGAACAAGAACAGUGUAUUCUCCAUGAACUCCUAUUCUGGCCUCAUCUCCACUCAGAAACGCUUAGACCAUGAGAAAGUCUCAUCAUACCAACUGAAAAUCCGAGGCAGCAACAUGGCUGGCGUGUUCACAGAGGUGGUGGCACUUGUUUACAUCAUCGAUGAGAACGACAACGCUCCUGCAUUCCUAAAGUCAACUUUCGUGGGGCACAUCAGUGAGGCAGCUCCUCUGCACAGCCUGAUCCUGGGUGAAGACAACAGCCCCUUAGUGAUCCGUGCCUCAGACAGUGACCAGGAAGCUAAUUCCUUGUUGGUCUAUAAAAUCUUGGAACCAGAGGCCUUAAAGUUUUUCAAAAUCGACCCUAGCAUGGGAACCCUAACUAUCACAUCAGAGCUGGAUUAUGAGACUACACCCUUGUUCCAGUUCAGUAUCUAUGUCCAUGACCAAGGGACGCCCAUCUUAUUUGCACCCAGAUCUGCCAGGGUUAUCAUCCAUGUCCGAGAUGUGAAUGACUCUCCUCCCAGGUUCUCAGAGCAGAUAUACGAAGUGGCGGUGGUAGAACCCAUCCACCCUGGCAUGGAACUCCUCACAGUGCAGGCCGAGGAUAAUGACUCAAAAGUCACCUAUAGCAUCAAAACUAGCAACACUGAUGAAGCUGUUACUAUUCAUCCCAUCACGGGCCAGAUAUCUGUAGUUAAUCCUGCUGCUCUGAGGCUUUUUCCAAAGCUCAAUAUUAGGGCUUUUGAUGGUCUGUAUCAAGAUACUGCAGUGGUAAAAAUAUCUUUGACCCAAGCCCUUGAUAAAAGCUUACAGUUUGAUCAGGAUAUCUACAGGGCAAGAGUGACAGAAAACACACCACACAGUAAUGUGCUGGUAAUUCUUGGUGUCCAUGGAAACCAUUUGAAUGACACCCUUUCCUACUUCCUCUUGAAUGGCACAGACUUAUUUCACAUGGUCAAGUCAGCAGGUGUGCUGCAAACCAGAGGAGUGACAUUUGAUCGGGAGCAGCAGGACACUCACGAAGUGGCAGUGGAAGUGAGGGAUAACCGGGUCCCUCGGCGGGUGGCUCAGGCUCUUGUCAGGGUCUCUGUUGAAGAUGUCAAUGACAACAUCCCUGAGUUUCAGCAUCUGCCCUAUUAUACAGUCAUUCAAGAUGGCACCGAACCCGGGGAUGUCCUCUUUCAGGUAUCUGCCACUGAUAAGGAUUUGGGAGCCAAUGGGACUGUCACAUAUGGGUUUGCAGAAGAUUAUGCCUAUUUCCGGAUUGACCCCUAUGUUGGGGACAUAUCACUCAAGAAGCCCUUUGAUUAUCAAGCUUUGAAUAAGUAUCACCUCAGAGUCACUGCUCGGGAUGCAGGUACUCCGCCCCUCCAAACUGAGGUAGAGGUACACGUUACUGUCAGAAAUAAAUCCAACCCAUUGUUUCAGAGUCCAUACUACAAAGUGAAAGUCCCUGAAAAUAUCACACUCUACACCCCAAUUCUCCACACACAGGCCCGGAGUCCAGAGGGCCUGAGGCUCAUCUAUAACAUUGUAGAGGAAGAGCCUUUGAUGUUGUUUACUACAGACUUUAAAACUGGAGUCCUCACGGUGACAGGACCUCUGGACUAUGAGUCUAAGAACAAACAUGUGUUCACAGUGAGAGCCACAGACACGGCUCUGGGGUCUUUUUCUGAAGCCACAGUGGAAGUCUUAGUUGAGGACAUCAAUGACAACCCUCCCACUUUUUCCCAGUUGGUAUAUUCUACUUCAGUUUCUGAGGGCUCACCUGCUCAGACUCCUGUAAUCCAACUGUUGGCUUCUGACCAAGACUCAGGACAGAACCAAGAUGUCUCCUAUCAGAUUGUAGAGGAUGGUUCAGAUGUUUCUAAGUUCUUCCGGAUCAAUGGAAGCACGGGGGAGAUGUUCACCAUCCAAGAGCUGGACUAUGAGGCUCACCAACACUUUCGCGUGAAGGUCAGGGCCACGGAUAGAGGAGAUCCCCCACUCACUGGUGAAACACUUGUGGUUGUCAAUGUGUCGGACAUCAAUGACAACCCUCCAGAGUUCAGAGAACCUCAAUAUGAAGCCAAUGUCAGUGAGCUAGCAACCUGUGGCCACCUAGUUCUAAAAGUUCAAGCUCUUGACCCCGAUAUUGGGGACACCUCCCGCCUGGAGUACCUGAUUCUUUCUGGCAACCAGGACCGACAUUUUUCCAUCAAUAGCACAUCGGGAAUCAUUUCUAUGUUCAACCUUUGCAAAAAGCAGCUGGACUCAUCUUACAACUUGAGGGUAGGUGCUUCUGAUGGGGUCUUCCAAGCAACGGUGCCAGUGUAUAUCAACACUACCAAUGCCAACAAGUACAGCCCAGAAUUCCAGCAAAAUGUCUAUGAAGCCGAAUUAGCUGAGAACGCAAAAGUGGGGACAAAGGUGAUUGAGUUGCUAGCCAUAGACAAAGACAGCGGUCCCUAUGGUACAGUGGACUACACCAUCAUCAAUAAACUAGCUGGGGAAAGGUUUUUUAUAAAUCCCAGUGGUCAGAUCACUACCCUGCAGAAACUGGACCGGGAAAAUUCAACAGAAAGGGUGAUUGCUAUUAAGAUCAUGGCAAGGGAUGGAGGAGGGAAAGUAGCCUUCUGUACUGUGAAGAUCAUUCUCACUGAUGAAAAUGAUAAUGCCCCGCAAUUCAAAGCAUCCGGGUACACUGUGUCCAUCCCAUCCAAUGUCAGCAGAGAUUCCCCCAUCAUCCAGGUACUGGCUUAUGAUGCAGACGAAGGUCGGAAUGCAGAUGUUACCUACUCAGUAGACUCGACCGAGGACCUUGCGGAAGAGAUCAUUGAAGUCAACCCAACCACCGGCGUGGUCAAGGUGAAGGAGAGCCUGGUGGGACUAGAAAACAAGGCUGUUGACUUCAACAUCAAAGCCCAGGAUGGUGGUCCUCCUCAUUGGGACUCUCUGGUACCAGUACGACUGCAGGUCGUUCCUAAUGAAAUCCCUUUGCCCAAGUUUUCUGAGCCUCUGUAUACUUUCUCUGCAUCUGAAGACCUUCCAGAAGGUUCUGAAAUCGGAUCUGUGAAAGCAGUAGCUGCUCAAGAUCCGAUCAUCUACAGUCUGGUUCAAGGUACCACUCCAGAGAGCAACAGUGAUGAUGUCUUCUCUUUGGACCAAGACACAGGAGUCCUAAAGGUGAAGAAAGCCAUGGACCAUGAGUCCACUAAAUGGUACCAGAUUGACCUGAUGGCACAUUGCCCUCAUGAGGAUACUGACUUGGUGUCAUUGGUCUCUGUCAACAUUCAAGUGGAAGAUGUCAAUGACAACAGGCCUGUAUUUGAGGCUGAUCCAUAUAAGGCUUUCCUCACUGAGAAUAUGCCAGGAGGGACCACAGUCAUUCAGGUGACUGCCAAUGACCAGGACACUGGAAGUGAUGGACAGGUGAGCUACAGGCUGUCAGUGGAGCCUGGUAGCAACAUCCAUCAACUCUUUGCUGUCGACAGUGAGAGCGGCUGGAUCACCACACUCCAAGAACUCGACUGUGAGACUCAGCAGACUUACCGUUUCUAUGUGGUGGCCUUUGACCAUGGACAGACCAUCCAGCUGUCCUCUCAGGCCCUGGUUGAGGUGUCCAUCACAGACGAGAAUGACAACCCCCCUCGGUUUGCUUCUGAAGACUAUAGAGGCUCUGUGGUGGAGAACAAUGAGCCUGGUGAACUUGUGGCUACUCUGAAGACGUUGGAUGCUGACAUCUCUGAGCAGAAUAGGCAGGUCACCUGCUAUAUCACAGAGGGAGACCCCCUGGGUCAGUUUAGCAUCAGUCAAGUUGGGGACGAAUGGAGGAUCACCUCAAGGAAGACUCUGGACCGUGAGCACAUUGCCAAGUAUCUACUCAGAAUCACGGCGUCAGAUGGCAAGUUUCAGGCUUCGGUCCCCGUGGAGGUCUUCGUCCUGGACAUCAAUGAUAACAGCCCACAGUGCUCACAGCUUCUCUACACUGGCAAGGUCCGUGAGGACGUCACCCCCGGACACUUCAUCUUGAAAGUUUCUGCCAUAGAUGUAGACAUGGACACCAAUGCUCAGAUCACAUACUCUCUGCAUGGACCGGGGGCCCAGGAAUUCAAGCUGGACCCUCACACAGGGGAGCUGACCACACUAUCAGUCCUGGACCGGGAAAGGAAGGAUGUAUACAACCUUGUUGCUAAGGCGACAGAUGGAGGGGGCCAGUCAUGCCAGGCAGAGGUGACUCUCCACAUUGAGGAUGUGAAUGACAACGCCCCGAGGUUCUUCCCAAGUCACUGUGCUGUGGCUGUCUUCGACAACACCACAGUUAAAACCCCUGUGGCUGUGGUCUUUGCCCGGGACCCUGACCAGGGUGUCAACGCUCAGGUGGUAUACUCACUGACGGACUCUGCCGAUGGCCAGUUCUCCAUCGAUGCCACCUCAGGAGUGAUUCGCCUGGAGAAGCCUCUGCAGGUCAGAUCAAGCUCAGCUGUGGAGCUCACGGUCCGUGCCUCAGACCUAGGCACCCCAAUACCACUGUCCACACUGGGCACUGUUACAGUCUCCAUCGUGGGCCUGGAGGACUACCUUCCCAUCUUCCUGAACUCGGAGCACAGCACACAGGUGCCUGAGGAUGCUCUAAUAGACAUGGAGGUGCUAUACCUGGCUACCCUCACACGUCCCGGAUCAGAGAAGACUGGUUACCACAUCACUGGAGGGAAUGAGCAGGGGAAGUUCCGACUGGAUGCCCACACAGGAAUCCUGUAUGUCAACGGGAGCCUGGACUUUGAGACAAAUCCCAAGUACUUCCUGUCCAUUGAAUGCAGUCGGAAGAGCUCUUCCUCCCUUAGCGAUGUGACCACCAUCGUGAUUAAUGUCACCGAUGUUAAUGAACACCACCCCCGAUUCACCCAUGACCUGUACACUGUGAGGGUCUUAGAGAACGCCAUUGUAGGUGAUGUCAUCUUGACGGUGUCUGCAUCUGAUGACGAUGGACCUGUGAAUAGUGUCAUUACCUAUAGCUUGGUAGGAGGGAACCAGCUUGGACACUUCACCAUCGACCCUAAGAAAGGGAAGCUUCAGGUGGCCAAGGCGCUGGACUGGGAACAGACCCCCAGCUACUCCCUGAGGAUCCGAGCCACAGACAGUGGGCAGCCCCCAUUGCAUGAGGACACAGAAGUGGCUGUUGAAGUGGUUGAUGUCAAUGACAACCCACCCAGGUUCUUCCAGCUCAACUACAGCACUGCUGUCCAGGAGAACUCCCCCAUUGGCAUCAAAGUCCUGCAGCUGAUCCUGGAUGACCCUGACUCCCCACAGAAUGGGCCUCCCUACUUUUUCCGGAUUACUGAGGGGAACACUGGGUCUGUAUUCCGGGUGACUCCAGAUGGCUGGCUGGUGACAGCUGGGAGCCUGAGCAGGAGGGCCCAGGAGUGGUAUCAGCUUCACAUUGAAGUGUCAGACAGUGGCCUCCCCCCCUUGUCAUCUUCCACAUUGGUCAGAGUACACAUCACGGAGCAGAGUCGCUACCCGCCCUCCACACUCCCAUUGGAAAUCUUCAUCACGAAGGGGGAGGAGGAAUUUCAGGGUGGCAUGGUAGGUAAAAUCCAUGCCACCGACCGAGACCCUCAGGACACACUGACCUACAGCCUGGAUCGAGAGGGAAGCCUGGGCAAGUAUUUCACAGUGGGUGCAUCCGAUGGCAAGAUUAUUGCCUCUCAAGGACUGCCUCGUGGCCGAUACUUGUUUAAUGUCACAGUCAGUGAUGGGACCUUCACCACCACCACUGGGGUCCAUGUCCAUGUGUGGCACAUGGGGCAGGAGGCUCCGCAGCAAGCUGUGUGGCUGGGCUUCCACCAGCUCACCCCCGAGGAGCUCGUGAGCGAUCACUGGCGCAACCUGCAGCGAUUCCUCAGCAAUAUCUUGGACAUCAAACGAGCCAACAUCCACUUGGCCAGCCUGCAGCCUGCAGAGGUCACAGCUGGGGUGGACGUGCUUCUGGCCUUUGAGGGGCAUUCUGGAACUUCCUAUGAUCUCCAGGAGCUGGCAUCUGCCAUAGCUCACUCAGCCAAAGAGAUGGAGCACUCGGUAGGAAUUCAGAUGAGGUCAGCUCUGCCCGUGGUACCAUGCCAAGGGCCAAGCUGCCAGGAUCAAACCUGCCAAGAGACAGUGUCCCUGGAGCCCAGAGUGGGGCCCUCUUACAGUACAGCCAGGCUCAGCAUCCUGACACCACGACACCACCUGGGGAAAAACUGCUCCUGCAAUGGUACCACCUGGAGGUUCAGUGGUCAGAGCUACAUGCGGUAUAGGCCCCUAGAGGCUCAGAACUGGCAGAUCCAUUUCUACCUGAAAACGCUCCAGCCAUGGGCCCUUCUGAUGUUCACCAAUGAAACAGCCUCUAUUUCCUUGAAGCUGGCCAAUGGCUUCCUCCAUCUGGAAUACCGAUGCCCUGGUGGUUUCUAUGGAAACCUUUCCUCCCAUCGUCCUGUGAAUGAUGGACAGUGGCACUCCAUGCUGUUGGAGGAGAGGGACACUUCUGUUCAUCUGUUGGUCGACAUCACAGACAACACUUCCCUUGUCAUCCCAGAGGAAUGUCAGGGUCUGAGGACUGAGAGACACCUACUGCUGGGUGGCCUUGUCCCCUCAAAUCCUUCCUCAAAUGUCUCCCUGGGGUUUGAAGGUUGCCUGGAUGCUGUUGUGGUUAACAGUGAGAGGUUAGAGCUGCUUGGCCAUAGAAAGAAGAUGGCGGGCUACCUAGAGACAUGGGCCCUCAGCCAGUGCUGCUGGCCUGGAACCACCUGCAGCCAGAACCCGUGCCUCAAUGGUGGGAGCUGUUCACCUGCCCUUGGAUCAGGAUACCUGUGCAGGUGCCCCCCUCUGUUCUCUGGCAGGAACUGUGAACUUGGAAGGGAGAAUUGUACUUCUGCGCCCUGCCAAGAAGGUGGCACAUGUGUCUCCUCCCCUGAAGGCACUUCCUGUAGCUGCCCUCACCCUUACACAGGUGACAGGUGUGAGAUGGAAGCAAGGGGUUGUUCUGGAGGACACUGUCUCAUCACUCCUGAGAUUAAGAGAGGGGACUGGGGACAGCAGGAGUUCCUGGUAAUCAUAGUAGCCUUACCUCUCCUCAUCAUUGCCACCGUGGGACUCCUCCUCUACUGCCGUCGCUGCAAGUCUCACAAGCCAGUGGCCAUGGAGGAUCCAGACCUCCUAGCCAGGAGCAUUGGUGUCGACACCCAAGCUUCACCUGCCAUUGAGCUCGAUCCCCUUAACGCCGGCUCCUGCAAUGACUUAAACCAACUGGAGCCCAGUAAGACCUCAGUUCCAAAUGAACUUGUCACCUUUGGACCUAGCUCCAAACAGCGGCCGAUGGUGUGCAGUGUGCCUCCCAGGCUCCCACCAGCUGUAGUCUCCUCCCACCCUGGCCACGAGCCCAUCAUCAAGAGAACCUGGUCAGGCGAGGAGCUGGUAUACCCAAGUGGAGCUGCAGUCUGGCCUCCAACUUACUCCCGGAAGGAGCAUUGGGAAUAUCCACAUCCUGAAGCAAUGCAGGGACCUCUGCCACCCUCUCCUCGACGCCAUGUUAGUCCCGCCGUGAUGCCAGAUCCCGCUGGGCUCUAUGGGGGCUUCCCUUUCCCCCUGGAACUGGAAAACAAGCGGGCACCCCUCCCACCCCGUUACAGCAACCAGAACCUGGAAGAUCUGAUACCUCCACGGCCUCCCAGCCCCCGGGAACAUCUGCUUGCCCCCUGUCUCAAUGAGUAUACAGCUAUCAGCUACUACCAUUCACAGUUCCGCCAGGGAGGGGGUGGGCCAUGCCUGGCAGAGGGGGGCUAUAAGGGGGUGAGCAUGCGCCUCAGCAGAGCUGGGCCAUCCUAUGCUGACUGUGAAGUGAAUGGUGGGCCUGCCCCAGGACGGAGCCAACCUCGAGCUCCUCCCAACUACGAGGGCUCAGAUAUGGUAGAGAGUGACUAUGGAAGUUGCGAGGAAGUCAUGUUCUAGCUUUCUGCUCUCAGAGGAAAGCAUGGGGGAAGCCCUGGCCCCACACUGUCUCCCAAUGUCAUGGGAAGUGAGUUGGGUGUGGCUGAGAGAAGAAGGGAGGCCAGCACAUCCCCAGCCCAGAUGUCCAUCUCUUAAAAUGUGCUCUUCAGGUCCCCAGCUUGUCCUUGAGGGUGGAGGGAAGCUGAAGGUAGAGCUGUAAAAAUGGCGGUAGGGCCCCAGGAAAGAGGAGGUGCCCAGACAGGUGCACACUGGGGUGAGAACUAGGAGGGUAAUCCCUCAGAUCCGCCAGCUCCCAGCCCCAGCAAGAAAGAGCUCCAACCACCAGCUCAACGUGUCUGGGCCACAUUCUUACAGCUUCUCACAGGCCCAUCAUGGGGCAGGCAGGUUUGUGCCCAGUAGGCAACCAUGCAUGCAUCUACUGUGGAGAAGAGACCAGGACCUUCUAAGAUCCGUGCAGUGGUCUCCUAAGGGGCUGAAGAGUAAGCAGCCUGUAAGCAGGUACUACAGUCACCCGAGUAUCUGCUUUGUGUGUACCUUUGGGACAUCUAUGCCAAGUGUCAUAUGUCAGCAUUGUUCUGGGCACUGGCAACAAGAACAUUCUUGGAAGUUGAGUCACAUGGACUUCCAUCUUCUGGAAGUCUUGUUCUUGAAGCUUCAGGACUUGUUCCCCCUCUGCCGGUGGGAUCCUGCCUGAAACCUUCUGCGCAGAAGAAUUCAGAUCUCUCCGAAUGCUGAGUUAAUUGUCCCAAACGUCCCAGGCACUUUUAGCCAAGAACAAGAAGGAUGUAGUUCAUUUGAAAACUUCUUAGGCACUUUUCAACCUUGCUGUCUGGAUGUGUUUUCCCAAAAGGGUUUCUUCUUGUUUAGACACAAGGACUUCAACUGCCAUCCAGGACCAGGUAGAGGUGGAGAUUCAGCCAGCAGAUCCAGGCCAGACACCCUGCCUUCUCCCUUCCCUUCAUCAUAGACGCCUGCCAAUCAAGUGUUACCCCCACUGACUCAGCCCUAUGCAUGGAGGAUCAGUGUGGGCACCCACGGACUGUGUGCAUGUGCACAUGCGUAGAAAGUUAUGUAGCUGGGAGUGACAGAGACUGGAAGCCAGGGAGGCCUGUAGUGGCCUGAACACUCUGUCCUCUGCCAGUCCCUCUCUGGUCCGCUGCCUUUUCACGUGUGUGGUUUUGGAGUUAGAAGUCAAGAGGAAGAGACUCCCACCCACAGAGCUGUUCAGAAAGACUGCUGUGUGGGCGGGUGCAUUUGUCGACCAUGUGUGACUGUGGGUGUGACUGAUUGCACAAGUGGCUUUGGUGGCCAUUUGAUUUUUUUUUUUUAACAAUAAAUAUCUUUUUUUUUACUGUUA